CCGGGUCAUUAACUCCAUAUGGUCCAAGAAAGCUGGCACACUACCUUUAAGCAGUGACCAGAGACCCAGAUGUAAGAGCAACUACGGCUGACAUAGUCCGGAAAAGGCGUGUCCUCUGUCAUCCAUGACCUGGUAUGAACUUGGCCGUAUCGUGGCUCUUAGAAUCUGCGCUACCUGUCACCAAUUAUCGCGAUUGCAUCGCAAAAAUAUACGAUAGAAAGUGGAAUAUAUGUUGUGUGAGUACAUAUGUAAACGAAUAGGUACUGCGGAUUACCUCUGCUCAGAACAUUAUAACACAACACAGAACACAUAUUUCGUCCGUACCUACAUGACUUCAUACUCUAUUGAUCUGACCUGGAAGAGACCUAAAGUUUUCAAAGAUCUCGUUCAGGGAAUCAAAGCAGAAUUUAAGUUCUGCUCAUUUCGUCCACGGCUCUAUUCCCGAGACACAGAGAGAGAGAGAGAGAGAAAAUAUCAGAGGAAGCUCAUCCCCCCCCCUCCCCGGCCGUAACGGUGCCUUAAACACUGAAUGUUCUUCCGUGCUAAUUUGAUCGUACGGUCUGGUAAAAACCUAAUGGCGUUGUCAAGCUGCGUUGGUUUUUGCCGCCCGCCGUGUGGGUGCUCGAGAAGCCCCCGGCGAUAUCGGCACCACCAGGGGUCGGUGUCCGGGACCGGGACGAGCAGCAGCGGGCACUUCCUAAGGGCGGUUUAUAAGAGGCAGGAGCUGCCGCGGCUCUCGGAGGUCGGGUGCGCCGCGCAGCGCUGCCGGGAUGGAGCUGGUCGCCACGGCGCUGCUGCUGCUGCUGGCCCCGGGCCUGCCGUCAGCCUCCCACCAACGAGCGGAGAGUUCUUCAGCGGCGCGCGGCUCGCGUCUGCUGCUGGGUGGCACGGUGACCACCGUGGUGCUGACCACCGUUUCCACCACAACCACCUCGACAGUGUUCUACACCUGCGCCGCCGAUAUCAGCACUUCGACAGCCUGUACUGGAAAGCGGCGUCGGAGAUCACCCAAAGGGCAGCUACAACGUCACAUUUGGGAGCUGCCCGAGGAGGCGGCAGAGGCCAGCCUGCGCUCGUCGCUGUCGCCGGUGGCGGGCGCGGAGGACCUCGGUGCCUGGCGGCCGGCCGCUGACCCGGCCACGGCCGGUGGGGGCCGCGGCGCGCGCUCCUAUCUGGCGCUGACCGUCACCUCCAUCACCACCUCGACGCUGACCGUGUCGGUGGCCACGACCAACUCGGCCACUACCGUCAGCCUGUCCGUGUACUGCACACUGGCCACCGGCGCCACCCAGUACCCGCGCUGCUGACACCAGUCCGUGUACUGCACACUGGCCACCGGUGCCACCCAGUACCCCCGCUGCUGACACCAGUCCGUGUGCUGGCCACCGGCGCCACCCAGUACCCGCGCUGCUGACACCAGUCCGUGUGCUGGCCACCGGCGCCACCCAGUACCCGCGCUGCUGACACCAGUCCGUGUACUGCACACUGGCCACCGGUGCCACCCAGUACCUGCGCUGCUGACACCAGUCCGUGUACUGCACACUGGCCACCGGCGCCACCCAGUACCCCCGCUGCUGACACCAGUCCCUACACUGGCCACCGGCGCCACCCAGUACCCGCGCUGCUGACACCAGUCCGAGUACUGGCCACCCAGUACCCGCGCUGCUGACACCAGUCCAUGUACUGGCCACCCAGUACCCGCGCUGCUGACACAAGUCCCUGUACUGGCCACCCAGUACCCACGCUGCUGACUACAGUCCGUGUACUGGCCACCCAGUAGGUACCCGCGCUGCUCAUCAAUACGUAGCCGCAAAUGGUGCGUGUGCUUAUGACGGUUUCUGUCUCUGAUGGUUGAACAGUUUGACCACAACCUUGAGUUUAUAAGUGUUAAUUGACAUAUGGCUUACGCGUCUCUUGCUCUCCUUGGGCGAAUGUUUGCUGAGACGUCGUCAUCUGACACGCAUCUCCCAUGUCGCCUGCAUCGCCUUCGUCGGCCCGAUCUCGGCCCGAGGACCACGGGUGGACAUUUUUUUCCUGUUUGGGUUUAUAUUGUGCCUUACUGUGUUGCUAAUUAGGGGAUAUUUAUGUGUUCUGUACCUGACCGUAGCGCUUUCCUCGCGGGCAUUUUUUCCCCUUUUUUUGCCCACUUACGUUAAUACAGUUUCUGGAUAC